AUGGUCACCACCCGACGCUCAACCCGGUCUUCGUCUGGCCCCGGCGCCGGCAAACAACAGACCCUCAGCUUCAAGCACAAAGUCACCAAGGCCAUACAAACCGGCAAAGAAUCCUACAAAUCGCCCUCCCGCGCCCGCGAGUACAUUCCCGACCCCUCUCCCGAGCCGACGACAGAGGUCCCCGCCACCCCGAGCAAGGCGCCUAAGACCCGCGAGGGGCAGACGCCGGCGCCGGAGCAGGAAGAGGAGGCAGAGGAAGAAGAAAAGGUUAAGGCUCCUGUGGUGCCCGAGAAAUCGGAGGCUGAAGCUAAGGCGGCUAAGACGAGUGACCGGGCGAUUGAGAAAUAUUGGGAGGGGAUUGAGUCGAGCCGGGAGGCGCGAGCUGUGCAUCGGAAGCAUACAGAGGGCUUGGCGACGGGGGAGAAAGUGCUGCGGUACUUUGACGUGAGCUCACAGUAUGGGCCCUGCAUUGGCAUCUCACGCCUAAAGCGUUGGCAGCGGGCGCAGAGGCUGGGUCUGAACCCGCCUGUGGAGGUCCUUGCUGUGUUGUUGAAGGAGGAGGGGAAUAAGGGUAUUGAAAAGGCGCACAUGGAUGAGCUGCUGAACUCGGCUGCUGUUGCCUCGGUUGGUGCUUGA